AUGGUCAAUCCACCUCCGCGCGACUGUGGUGUAAUCUUGGAGGUACCGAGGUCGGUCGACUUGGAGUUAGCCCCCAUUCCGGAUCCCGCACCGGCCGCAACUGCCCCCGCUCCGGUCGGUCCCAUCCCGUCAAAGGACUCGGAUCCUUUCUUAGUCACCUUUGCACAACCGCAUGACGCCGAGAAUCCUCUCAACUGGCCCGCGGGUCGAAAGUGGAUGGUCACCGAUGUGCUCUCGGCCACCGGUUUCAAUCGCAUCAUGGUUUCAACAAUCAUGGCGCCCGCUCUGACAAACAUUGCGGCGGAGCUCGACAUGACCUCGACCGAGUCCGCCAUGGCGUUGUCCAUCUACCUCCUUGCCACCGCAUUUGGCCCUCUCGUCAUGGGACCAAUGUCCGAGAUCUACGGCCGUCAGGUUGUGCUCCAUACCUCGAGCGUAUGGUUCUUAAUAUGGAACGUGCUCUGUGGUUUCGCAAACACAAAGGGAACGCUUAUUGCCGCUCGCUUCCUGGCGGGCUUUGGCGCCAGUUCCAUCUACGCACUUGGAGGCGGGGUUCUAGGCGACAUUUGGCGCCCUGAACAGAGAGGCCAGUCUCUGGGGUUCUAUCUUCUCAUACCCCUGUUGGGAGCGGCCGUUGGCCCCAUCAUCGGUGGCUUCAUUGCGGCGCGCACGACGUGGCGAUGGAUGUUCUGGUCCACUUCCAUAUUCCAAGCUGUCAUGAUCUUUGUCUCCUUCUUCAGCUUCCCAGAGUGCUACGGUCCGCUUAUCCUACGCCGGCGGGCUGCUCGUCUCCGCAAGGAAACCGGCGACACGAGAUACUACACGUUCAGCGAGAGAAUCGACGCUGGCAAGUCUACUUUGGCAGUCAUCAGAAACUGCCUGACAAGGCCGCUUCGUCUGCUUCUUUUCCAUCCCAUUAUUCAGGUGUCGGCCGUCCUGUCGGGAUUCAACUAUGGUAUCCUGUAUGUCACGCUGUCGACCUUUGCAGACAUUUGGAAACAGCAAUACGGCCAGUCUGUGGAGAUCAGCGGAUUGCACUACAUCGCCUGCUCUUUUGGAGAGCUUGUUGGCUCCCAAUUUGGUGGACUGAUGAUAGACCGCUUGUAUAAACGUAGUGACCAACCUACACCAGAGUCUCGAGUCAUGCUCGCAUUCUUUGGUAUUGUUCCGGCCUGGCUGGGGACUUUAUUUUACGGCUGGACAGCACAGUAUCGUCUCUACUGGCUAGUCGUCGAUGUCGGAGUUGUUGUCAUGAUGUUUGGCAUGCAGCUAAGUGGAAUGCCUACCUACGUGAUCGACGCGCACGCAGAGCAUACUAGUAGUGCCAUGGCAGCGAUUCAGUUCGUUAAGAGCUUGACCGCUUUCUUGUUCCCCUUGUUUGCCCCGAGUAUGUACCACGCACUCGGAUAUGGCUGGGCCAAUAGCUUGAUGGCACUUGUGGGCGCAACGCUUGCCGUCCCUCUUCCCAUUCUCAUCUGGAAGAAGGGGGCCCAGCUGAGAGCCAGGGCGAUGUCGACGUACUGA